UGCUUUUGGUGUAUAAAAAUGAUUCACAUAACCUCCCAAAGCUUUCAAAAAUUCCUUUGCUCAUAGCUGUUUCCUACUUCUUCAUUGCUUCUUCUACUUCUGUUUGUUUCCUUAGAAAAAAGAAAGAAAGAAAAGAAAAGAAAGGAGGAGAAACUGUUGCCCAUUUGAAGGUGAAAAUCUCAUCUCUUUGUGGGCAAUUUGAAACUUUGGUCUAACCUGGUGGGUCUCUCUCAACUGAUCUGUUAACGUUAAACUUUUGGAAUCUUGUUUAUUGUAUUUUCUUGUUCACAAAGAAAGCAGGGAAUGCUGAAAGAUGUGCUUGAAAGUUGAGAACCAUCUGUCUGAUGUUAAUGAAGUUGUGGCUUCAUUUCAGCUGGCCUUAUUUGUACUUAAUGAUAAUCAACAUUUAACAUAUAGUCAGGUUUGGUUCAAUGCUCUGAUGCCUAGUUUGGCUAGAUAUUUAAGGGAACAUGUCAUGUCAAAGCAUGAUGUUUGUGAAGAUGGUUGAGCUUUUAAUACUUUUAGGUCCGUUACGGUUGCAUAUAUAGUGAACCUACAUCAUAUAUAGCACUAGCUGUUAAGGUAGAUUCUAUUGUUUUUGACAAGGAACUUUGCUCAUUAUGGAGAGAAAAGGGUCUGUCUUGAUGCAACGGUAUGAACUAGGGAGAUUAUUAGGCCAGGGAACCUUUGCGAAGGUGCACUAUGCUAGGAAUCUUAAAACUGGCAUGAGUGUCGCCAUCAAGAUAAUUGACAAAGAGAAGGUAUUGAAAGUUGGAAUGAUUGAUCAGAUUAAGCGAGAAAUUUCUGUCAUGAAACUUGUAAGACAUCCAAAUGUGGUUGAGCUUUAUGAGGUAAUGGCCAGCAAAACAAAGAUUUACUUUGUUAUGGAAUAUGCUAAAGGAGGCGAACUCUUCAACAAAGUUGUGAAAGGAAAGCUGAAGGAGGAUGCUGCUAGAAGAUAUUUUCAACAGCUAAUCAGUGCUGUUGAUUUUUGCCACAGUAGAGGUGUGUGCCAUCGGGAUCUCAAACCGGAAAACUUGUUGUUGGAUGAGCAUGGCAAUCUAAAGGUUACAGAUUUUGGAUUGAGUGCUUUUGCUGAAUCUAAGCGACAAGAUGGAUUGCUCCACACAACCUGUGGGACACCUGCUUAUGUUGCUCCGGAAGUGAUCAACAGAAGAGGCUAUGAUGGGUGCAAAGCUGAUAUCUGGUCAUGUGGGGUUAUCUUAUAUGUUUUACUGGCAGGCUAUCUCCCUUUCCAUGAUUCCAAUCUGAUGGAGAUGUACAGGAAGAUUGGCAAGGGGGAGUUCAAGUAUCCUAAAUGGUUCUCCCCUGAAGUAUGCAAGUUCCUGUCAAAAAUUCUGGAUCCAAACCCAAGUACUAGGAUAUCCAUGGCCAAAAUAAUGGAUAAUCCCUGGUUUCGGAAGGGGUUGGGCCCCAAACCUGAACUUCUUGAUGCUGAAGUCAAAGAACCAGCGCCUUUAAAUGUUGAUACAGUAUUUAAUUUGAAUGAGAGUAAUGCUACUGUUGUUGGGGAGAAGCAAGAGUUGCGCAAACCUUGUAACUUGAAUGCCUUCGAUAUUAUUUCCUUCUCUGCAGGCUUUGACUUGUCUAGUUUAUUCGAGGAAAAAGAAACAAUGAAAAAAGUGCGGUUUACAUCAAACAAAGCUGCGUCAACCAUCAUUACCAAACUGGAAGACAUUGCCAAGCGUCUAAAGCUGAAGAUAAAGAAGAAAGAUGGAGGUUUGUUGAAAAUAGAAGGCUUCAGAGAAGGCAGGAAAGGUGUUCUUGGCAUUGAUGCCGAAAUCUUUGAAAUUACCCCGUUCUUCCAUCUGGUUGAGGUAAAGAAGAGCAGUGGAGAUACAUUGGAGUAUCAAAAUGUAAUAAAGCAAGACAUAAGGCCAGCUCUGAGUGACAUUGUUUGGACUUGGCAAGGUGAGCAGCAGCUGCAACAACCACCACCGGAGCAUCAAGAGCUACAGGACCCUCCUGUCCUUCAACAAUUGCAUGCUGUUUCAACUCAGAGUUCCUAAUGAUCACUUUGUUCAAUUGCUUUCAAGUUGAGAAGCUCUCUUUCUUAAUAUCGAUAUAAGUAGUGUAAUUAGUUCAACUUAGCUGUGUUUUUUUUAUGUUUUCUUGAUGCUAGUGUGCGUGCCCUUGAACCACCUGAGAUUAAAAAGGAAAAGUAAAUGCACAUGUACUUCUCUCUGCUUAUCUAUUGGUCUUCGCUUCAAACGAAGAGCAGAUAAUAAACAAUUAUUCAAGACUAAAA